AGGAAAAGACAGAGAGAGAGAGAGAGAGAAAGAAGGUUGGAAGAUCACGUGGCCGGGGAAUACGGUGUAUAUCGGUGGAUAGAGGCCAGAGACACGAGGCCGGUUUUUCACCGCGGUAUCUCUCCUCCAGGGAUGAAAACGAGUGGCGAAUGAAUGGGAGUGGCCAGCAUUCCGGAGUGCAAAGAUCAGCGGGCCUGCUAUGAAUGGGACGGUUUGACCACGAUCCGGAAAAUGGAUGUGGCAAAGAAUGGCGGAACCGUGGAGGAGUUCGUGACCGUGGUGAGCGUGGACGGCCAUCCCCCCCGCCCCCCCACCGAGAAUUUCGUCACCGUGCUCUCGAUCGGUAACGACACGAGCAACGACAAGGCGACGAGCAAGGAGGAGAAGGAGGGGGAGGAGGGGGCGGCGAGGACGUCGUCGGUGAAGGUCGUCGGGGCGGAGGGGCCGCUGGAGGAGGAGGUGGAGGUGUACAGGCUGCCCGGGGAACGACUGGGCUUCGGGCUGAAGUUCGAAGGGGGGAACAAAACGUCGGAGAGGGUGAGACGGUUGUUCGUGCAGAGCUGCGCGGAGCAGAGCCCGGCGAGCAGGGCGAGAUGCUCUUGGGGCACGUUGGGCGAGGGUGACGAGGUGCUCUCGAUAGACGGGGUGCCGGUGACGCACAUGACCCGACUGGACUGCGUGAGACGAUUGAAGGAGUCGCAGCUGGUGAUCAAGCUGAUGGUGAGGUGCAGGGGGGCGCUCAGGCCCGAGGUGGUGAGCGCGGAGAAGAAGAGCUCGCCGGAGAGCAAGGUGCCGCCCGAGCUGCCCUCGGCGCCCCCCCCAGUCCCCCCCAGAAAGUUGAGGCUGGCUCGAGGCUCGGCCGACGGGGAGGCGAACCCGAACCCCGUCGCCAAGAAAUCGUGGAACGUCGGUUCUUCGCAACAAUUUAACAACAAUUCCCAGACGAGCUCGCAGUCCAGUUCUCGAAACGGCUCCCCCGGCUCCACCGAUCGUCAAUCGAAAUCGGGGGAGGGGAGCAGCAAGUCGACCUCGUACGAGAGCUGCGAGUCCUCGCCUCGGAGCGGAGGAGAGAGAUCGGUGCGCGAGAGCCCGAAGGGAUCCCCGCCCGCCAAGGAACGUUCGCCCGAGGUGAAAUCGAAACAGGAACCGCCGGAAGCGAUGGUGUACGUGGACGCGAGGUCGCAGUGCGGCUCGACGCACGGCUCGACGUCGGACGACACGGGUAGCUCGAUGUCGACCGUGAUCGACCGUUUCUCCACCUCUGAUCGGGUGUCGACCAUCUCGACAGCCUCGUCCACAGCCUCGACGGCCUCCGAACAACCGGGCGAAUAUUCUGGCCAGGAUUUCGGGGAGCGGACCCCGUCCAAACCGUCCACCUCGAUAUGCCCGUUCGAGGACGACUACCACUCGUCGAGCCCGCCCGACUACCUGCUGCGCCGUCUGGCCAGCUCGGAGGCGGUGACCCACGUGGAGUCGCGGGGCGAGGUGGAGAGGAUCACGGCGGUGGUUGCGCCGAACACGGUGCUGAUCGAGGAAACGAUCACGUUCCAACCGCCGCUCAGCUUCCAGGACGCGCCGUUGAGCUACGGGCACGAGGCCAGGCCCGACCUCUUCUACACCGCCGACCUGGCCGCCGACUCGACCACGCACUUCAGACCGAUCAAGGACGACGUGGAGCUGGUGGAGCGCGUCAACAGCACCGAGCCGAGCGUGGAGAAGAGGACGCCCCCUCCCCUGCCAGCGAGGAAUCACGUGAACAGGAUCACGGUGAAUCGUGGGCCGCCGACCGUCGACCCGCGUCCCCAGAGAUCCAACGUCGAGAGCGACGUCCCUGUCCUCCCGCCCAAGCCGUUGCCGAGGAGGGACGUGAAGAUCAGGCGCAAGAGGCCGCCACCACCUCCGCCGCCUCCGCCACCCGCGAUCCCGCCACGAGCCGAGGCGAAACCACCCUCGUCUUCGUCCUCCUCCUCCUCCUCCUGCUCGUCUUCGUCCGGGCAAACGAGCUUCGAGAACGAGAACGACGAGAACGAGACAUUGCGCGUGGAAACGAUCGCGGCCGACCGGCUCGAGGAGGCGGCUGUCGCCAGAGCGGAACAGGCGAGGCCUCCCUUCGAUCUCGAGGAGAGGAGGAACGAGGAGGAGACGGACGACACCGAGUCUAUGGAGAGCUACGAGGUCGGGGCGUGCAGGACGAACAAGGUGUUGGAGAUAAUCGAGAUAAGAAGGCGAGAGCGUUCCCCCUCGAAGGCGGCCGAGGAGGAGGAGGAGGAGGAGGAGGAGGAGGAGGAGGUUGUUAUUAAAUCCGAGGAUAAGGUUAAUCGGCAGCAGGAGGAAUCGAAGCGAAGAAUAGCGAUGGAGGAUUCGGACGAGCAGGUGACCAAGUUCAACGAGCCCGUGGACGAAGAAUCGGAGGAGAAGGUGGACUCGACGCGGCGAGAGAGCGACGAGAGCGAGGGCUCGUAUCGAUCGUGCGUCGACGAGUCGAGCGGUGAUCGGCCGGCGGUGAUCCCAACCGGCGAGCAGCCGAUGGAGGACGAGGACGAAACGAGCGAGGAGAGCGACGAGGGAGAUUACUAUUGGCAGAGCAACUUGGCAACGAUCGGCGAGGAGGAGGAGACCAAUUCUCUGGAAUACGCGACCCCGAACAAGGAGGCGAGCGACAGCGAGGCAAUCGCCGCGGGGAAAACGGAGCGACAAGAAUCGGGGGGCAAGGAGGACGCGUUCGAUGCAAAUGCACGGAAUGACGAGGUAGACAACGCGAAUUUCCCAUCCUCGGAGCCGGCCAGAGGCCUCGAAAAUCGCCACUCAGAGACGGUAAAUGGUAGGAUGGACAACUGCGGAGGCGGUCAGCGCCUGCCCCCGGACGGGGACGUUCCAGCAGCCUACCAAGAGUUCGGUGGGAACAGUGGCCAGCAGCAGCAACAACAGCAACAGCAGCAGCAGCAACAGCAGCAGUACCGUUUCGUGACGACGACGGGGACCGCGACGGCGAGGACGUCGAUGAUCGCGAACGGUCGCCUCGUGUGCAACGAGAACGAGGGAUACAAGUUGCUGGAGGGGAACGUGGUGACCGGCACCGGUAUCAUUCUGCAAUCCGAGACAAACAGAAUCCCGGGUCUUGUGGAGGGGUUGCCGGUUUGCCAGGAGGUGGUGGGCAAACUGGAGAUGCCGGGUGUGGAGAUGAUGGGAGGGAAGAUGGGCGAGCGGGAGAACGUUGUUGUCCGUUGUCAAGACGCGAGCGGCAACACCGUCUCUGUUUUGACUCGAGAGGACAUCGGGAAGGACGAGUUCGUUAAAAAGGCUACGUCCGUAACCGCCGCUUACUCAACCGCCGCUUCUGGUUGCUACGGGAGCCAAGGCGAGGGGGGUAUCCUCGUGUCGGAGAAGAAGAUCGAGAUCACCGGAUAUUAUCACAAAGACGUGGCCACCACCGUUAUCGAGGAGGCGCAGGAUCGUCACGCCGAAAAGGACGGGUUGGACACGCCCCCACCGCUACCGCUCACCGGCCCGCCCAAGAUCGACCAUACCGUUUGCCCCUCCUCGUACGCGGCGAGGAGCGCCCCGAUCCUCGAGUCGACGCCCAGAAAAUUCACGUUGAACGGUGAAUUGUGGAGGCAGGACGACAAGUCUGAACGAUCCGUCAGGGACAAGAUCGCGAUGUUCUCGUCCCAAAGCAGCCUGGACGGCCCCCUCUUCCCCAACGCGGUGAUGGUCGCGACCAACAGGAGGUUGUCCAAGUACAAGUCGACGGAGGAUGUGUGCAGCGACGAGAAACAUUGCGGGCAGAAGGAGAGGAUCUCGUUUUUCGGGGACAGGACGCAGAGCUCGUUCGAUCUGACCGACUCGGGGAGAAACGUUGGCAGCCAGGAUCCGGGGAAGAGGUACAACAGGCAGCGAUCGCCGUUGGCCGCCACGUUCAACGCGUUCAACGUUGCCUCGAAAACGUUCCCCGUCGUUCCCCCGCAGAGACAAGCAGUAAGCGGCAACUCGACGACCGGCGCCAACGCGCCGUUGACGAGUCCCUCGUUCGAGGUAUCCUCGAACAUACCCAAAUCGCCGGUGAAGAGUUACAUCUCGACGACCACGAGUCAAAAUCCGAGUGCCACGAUGAAACCGGGUAUCGCGUCGGCUGCGUUGUCCCGCGCCACGAGUUUCUCCGGUUCGUCGUCCGCGUACGGGCAUCAGGAUCGAACCUCGACGGCCACCGAUCUCGCGCCGACGUUGGCGAUCGCGAGGACGAAUUCGUUGGCGUCCACGUUCAAGAGGCCCACCGAGGACAGUUUAAGAAGGAACAGUUUGAAUCAAUUGAUCGAGCAGAGGAAGAGGUCGAUCUCGAAGUUGAGAGGAUUGGUCAUCCCCGAGAAGGAGACCAUAACGAUCGACACGCCCAUCGUCGACCUACCCGAGAUCAAAUCCCGGGACUCGAUACUGUUGCAUCAGGUGUUACCAAAGGUGAACAUUCAGGACAAGUGGGGCUCUCAAAGUUCCUUAGCGAGCAACGCCAGCACGGCCAGUGCACCUCUGAGGAGCGCAACUUCUUUCAAGAUGCCCGCUCCCCAAAUACACUCGAAAUACUCGCCGGCCUUCAAAAGAAAGAGUCUGACCGUGUACGGCACGUCCUCGUCCUCGAAUUCUUCCUCGAUGAACAGCGCGAGCAUCGUGAAAACUCCCUCGCCCGUCACCACUAUCUCCACGCCGCCGCUUUGCGAACCUCCCAAGAGUUUGGAGAGCAUUUGCAGCCCGACGCGAAGCGAUUACAGCUUCGAGUACGCGUCGACCACCAGCUCGCCCGAGGGAUCGCGUAACAACAGGCCGAGAACCGCGCAGAGGAAAACGAGGAUGGACUACGACGACUCGGAUAACGACUCGGCUGUGAGCAGCUCGCAGAGCAGCAUAUCUCGGGGCUUCAGCCCGCCCACGUCGCCGGUCCCCUCGGAACGUUCCACCAUUUCGUCCGAGAGGUCCUACGUGUCCACGGAGAACAAUUAUCAACGUCGUUCUCUGAUCAUAGACAGAACCUACAACCAAGCCAGAGAAUCGAACGUAAUAGAGUUCGGUGGCAGAUCGAACGCGAUCACUAUGGACGGCUCUCAAAGAAACUCUCAAAUACCUCAGAGACAGUUGAAACGAUCGAACAGUACCGACACUAAUUGCAGCACCUCUUCGACUCUCACUUCCGGCUCUCAGGCGAGCGCCGAGUCACUGUCCCGAAGGGUGCUUAAACCGCAGAGCGUGGAAGCCAUAAAUCGGAAGAACAUUCUGGCGAGCGCUAGAUGCCGUAGCGGCAGAGAUUUGAAUGGAUCGCCACUGAUCCAAAGGAAGUUUCCCGACGACAAGGGGCGAUCGAUAAUCGCCACCGCCGAGAACGGGGAAGAAAAUGCUUAUCAGAAAAAUCGGGGCAAAAGUAGCGUUUCGAGUGCGAAGGACGUGGUGAAGAUCGCUUACAUCGAGGUGACGGAUCCAUUGGAGGAGGAGGAUCCUUUUCAAAAAAUGACCGAACGAUCUGACUCGCCUUUGAAGAUGAGCGCCGCUUCGCCUUCGAAUAACGUGGCCGCGAGGCCGUCCAAGUUCGAGACGAUGGAACCCUCGAACGAUUUGAAAAUGUGGGUUCGCGCGGAGGCGAAGGCUCUGGUCAGGUCGGUCGAGGAGAAGCCGAUCGAUAAAGCGGAGAAAAAGUCGGCCGAUAUCGAUGUCUCCAAUCCCGUGGAUAAUGAUCAGAGGAGGAACAAUAAUAAAUCUGCCACGAUCGAGAAGCAACGAUAUGGCUCGGCCGAUCUGUCCUCGCCGAGUACGAGACGAAUCCAGGAAAACGAAAAUGAGUCCAGGUUAACGAAGCAAUCACGUUGCGCGCCGAUCGUACCUCCGAAGAAAUCUUCCGAAGAUCAGAACGAUUUAUUGACGAUUCUCACGACCAAGAGCAGAUCUAGAUCGGCGAUACACGUGGACGAGGGAAGCUUUGGCCGGUCCAAGAGUCAGAUGAGCCUGGAGGAUAUCCUAAGCGCGAAGGCGGAGACGAAAUCGUCACGAGGUCAAAGCGGCGAGACGAGAACGGAGAAGAGCAACGUUUUCUCGAACAGUCAGAGCAAUCUGGGAAAAUCUUUAUGGGAAUCGAGGGACAAUCGAUACAUCAGAAGAAGCUCGAGCACGUUGAACGAGUAUUGGAACGAGGAUCAUAAAUCGUUCUCGAAACUGUCAACGUUGGAAAAAUCAAGAUUGGCUGACAAUAGCGCGGACGAGAUGAUGGAAGUGGAGAAAUCGAAAUCGACGUUGUCGAAAAUUCCAACAUCGAGAAAUCUUGGUCGAAGAAGCGUCAGUGUUACGGAUAUGAAGAAGGCUGUGGAGGUGAACUCUACCGGUAAUGCGCAAAUGCAGAGCGUCGGAACUGGUCAUAACCGGUUUCCGAGUUUGGAUAGUAGCGUGGAUGAAAAUGUGUCUCCGGUUGGAAUCGAUAUGGACACGGAUAGAUGUUGCGGCGAACAAUUUGGAAGUAUCAGUUCGUUGGCGAGCAGCACCAGUUUGAUCUCGCAACAAGAAUUGGCGCAGCUGGUCGAAGAGGCGAGUCUGGAGGAAACUCGAGGUGCUCACGAUGUGAUCGUUGUGCUGCUUCACAAGGAGAAUCCAACCGGUAGCGUUGGGAUUACUUUGGCCGGAGGAGCGGAUUGCGAGAUCAAGGAAAUCACUAUUCAUCGAGUUCUGGCCCAUUCUAUAGCUGACAAGGAUGGUCGUGUGCAAAGAGGGGAUAGGAUUCUGAGUAUAAACGGAAGAAGCACGCAAGGUCUCACGCACAGAGAGAGCAUAGCGGUGCUCAAGCAGCCCAGAUCGGAAGUUGUUUUGGUUGUCUCUCGAUCGAGGACGGAGGAAGGAUCGUGCAAGUUGAAAUCACGAACCGCGAGCGUCGAAACUAUCAUCGAAGAUUUUGUUCUCGAAGGAUUCGAGACGAACGAUACUGCAGAGGACACUGCGUGGGGUCCACCGUCGAUUGUAGCGGUUUAUAAGGACGGAACUGGUUUGGGAUUCAGUCUUGAAGGAGGUAGAGACAGUCCCCUUGGGGACAGGCCAUUGUUGAUCAAAAAAAUAUUUACCGGAGGUGCUGCUGAGAAAACAGGUGCCUUAAAGGCAGGGGAUCAGUUAUUACAAGUGAAUGGAUAUGAUGUGACACGUAUGUCAAGAAUCGAAGCGUGGUCUCUCAUGAAGAAACUACACGACGGCGAAGUGAACCUCCUAGUCAGGCACCCUGCCACCAAAUCGUCGUAAAUAGUAGUCAAUUCCGAUAAACGUGUUAUAUGUAUAUCGUGACACCAUGGAUGCAAUACAACGAAUUUCAAACAAGUGCAAUGGUUUCAUAGAAUACAAUUUUUAUAUCGAAUUUGAACGAUACAAUGCGUUUGGAUGAUUCUUGUGUUCGAAAUCGGAUUCUAUUGCGACUAUUUAGUGUAUCUUUUCAUCUACUUUCAAAAAAUAGAAUAAUCAAAUAUUUCGUUGGAAAUUUAUUUAGGAUUCAUAAAUUCUGCUUAUAUAUAUAUGCGUGUAUAUCAAGAUUAUAUCGCUAAAUAAUUAUUUGAAAAUCUUUGCGAGAAAAAGUUCUUUUUUUCGGUAUUGUUGUACCAUUGAGUACAAAUGUGUAACGUCCGUUUGCAUACGCGAGGAAUGCUUUUCCUAAUCAUCUACUAUUAGUUUGUAUUGAAGUUUGAUCUAAAGAACAACGUAUGUAUAAACAUGUUUCUGUUUAAUACGAUGUUAUGAAAUAGAGAAAUUAAUUUGUAAAUAAAAAGUGCAAAAAUUCAAAAUAUAAUUAUUUUAGAAAUAUGGCAUAUAUAAUGUAAAAAAAGAAAGAAAUGUUAAUAUAAUGCAUCAUUGAAGUAUUUAAAUGUAGACUGACAUUCGUUUCUAGGUUCGCGUUUGUUAAAAAUCAUGCUGUGAUAUAUGUAUGUGUGUUAAUAUAAAAGUAAUAAGCAUAAUAAUAAAAAUGGCUUGUCUUUAAUAAAUUCUUGAAUAAACU